ACUUGCCCAAGACCUGAGGUCUGGGUCUGAGCAGAGAGAUACGGCCACUGGCGCUGUUGCAGAGGACGUGCACGACUGAAUCUACUGCCUAAAGCCUCACAGAGAGAGAAAGAGGGGGGAGAUGAGCUGUGCUAGAGUCCAGUCUUGCUCUGGGACGGCAGACUGACUGAAGCUGCUGGUAGUUUUACAGCUGUGCAUCUCUGUCACUCUGGAGUCAUGAGCUCAAAGGGGACGAACCUCCACAACAAGCGUCUGCCGUCUGAGACAGAGCAUGCGCAGAGAGUCCCGGAUGCAGAUUCAACCCAGCAAAUGAGGCUGAGAGAGAGACAACGAUUCUUUGAGGAGGUGUUUCAACAUGAUGUCGAUGUCUACCUUUCCUCUGCACACCUGCAGAUAGAUUACAAGAGACCUCCCUUAGGAAGUAUUUCAUCAAUGGAGGUGAACGUUGAUAUGGUAGAGCAGAUGGACCUGAUGGACAUCUCUGAUCAGGAGGCCUUGGAUGUCUUCUUCAGUGCCAGCGGAGAGGAAGGAUCUCUGACAUCCCCUCUUCCCGCUCUUGGCCACACUGAUGUAGAAGAGAAUGGAUUGAGGAGAAAUGACGUGUCCUUGAGAAUUUCUGACCCUUGCGAGAUCAAAUCCCGUAUGUUGUCCACUUCCUCCAACUCCACCUGUGACAGUCAGGCCUCCAAUGAGGAUGGAUCAAACACUCCUGUCGUCCAAUCAGACGAUGAAGACGUGCAUGAAGAUAGCCUGUUACAAACAGGAGCGGCCACAGCCAGCAAUGCCACAAAUGAGCAGUCUGCUCUCUCAGUAUAAACUGCCUUCUCAAUAAUUACUGACUAUUUGGGAAGUGUAACAUGACUAGGUUGAGACUGUUUCAUGGGUGGGUUGACUGGUUUUAGCCAUAAAUCAAUCUACCAAAGAACUUUAUGAACACUUGUGAAAUUCAACUCAUUCAAGGUCCCCAUUACGUCACACUGGGAGUGUCAUGCUUUGACAGACCUGAAUUUUUAUAUUGCCACUUGCGUCUUACCAACAUUUUACUCUUUUGCAUUGGGAAUAUAGGUUUAUAAAUACACAUCACCAAUAUUUUGCAAUUCUCUUUACUAAGACUGAUACUGCUCUGUAGAGAGACUAAAUGCAUCACCAUUUUGAAUUAAGGUGGUGAGUCUCAAAAACAUUUCCAAAAGAAAAAAUUAAGCAAAUAAAGAAAAUGAAGCUUCUUCUGUACAACAUUAAAGGGAAAGUUUACCCCAAAAAUAAAAACUUAUCAUUUACUCACCCUUUUGUGGUUUCAAACAAGACUUUC